AUGUAUGUGAAAUGGUUUGAUACAGUAAUGAUUUACUAUGUGAUUUUAGUGUACAGUAUUUAGUCAAUUUCAGUUUUAACAUUUUUGAAUUUCCCACCGGUUCUGUCCCCCGUACGUCCUGACGCUCGCAGGGACUGUAAGACAGAUGCCGGCAUCGGCCGGAGGAGAUGGCCGGGGACGCUGCAGGGGGGACAUCGCGGGGGAGCGAAGGACAAGGUAACUUCAAGAGGGAAUCCCGGAGCACGCUGCUGAGUGUAGCUCGGGGUUACCGCUUCUGCUACACUCGGGAAUACCGCCAGGGAGGU